AUUGGGAAAAAAUGCAGGGGUUUGGAUAGGUAGGGGCUGCAGAGGUGACCUGCAUGGGCAAAGGUAAUGAACUGCCCAGUACUGGUUGCAGCUGGAUCCAGCUGUCUCUGACACUGAUGAAAACAGCCCAUCGCACACCAAAAUUUCAAGCAGAGGCGCUCAUGGCACCUGUGCUCAAAGGCAAUUAACAGAGAGCAGCAGCCCCCAGGGGCAGGAGACACAAAAAGAUGAACAGGAAGAGGCACAUGAGGAGGAGAUAUGUGAAGAGAUGCAGGUAGAAGAAAAAGAAACCACUAUGCACUGGCCCAAACAUCCUGUAUUUCCCAUUGCCUCACUGAAGGGAGGGACUGAGUGUAAUCCACGUGGAAAACAAGAGAAGCUGGCAGUAGGAAGGCAGGAGACCAGGCUGUCGUUGGCACGGGGCCUUGACAUGUCUGUCACCCCUGCAGCCCCCUCACUUCUGAAACCCUGGCAUUUAUGCCCAAUCCGAUACCUUCAAGUGGCAUGUGAAAAAAGAAAUGAUGCCACUAAGAUGCUUAUGCUUUGAAUUCGUCGUAAUAAUAACAACUUUUUUCUGUUCCCCACAGAAGAAUAUUCUAGUCGAAAAUGAUGUAAAGAUGGACAAAGAUGGUCUCACUGAUCUCUAUAUUCAACAUGCCAUUCCCCUGCCUCAGCGUGACUUACCAAAAAGUCGAUGGGGGAAAAUGAUGGAAAAGAAAAGACAGCAAAAUGAGUCGAAAAGUGAGAAUAAAAGUGUUACAACGGUGGAAGGUUUAAGGAAACGGCCAUUAAUUGUAUUUGAUGGCAAUUCAACAAGUACAAGCAUAAAGGUGAAGAAGACAGAGAACGGAACUGCUGAUCGCCUAAAACCUCCUCCAGCUGGAAGCACCACCAACACUGUUAGAAGAUUAUCAGUUCCUUCAAAUGCCUCAACAUACAUUUCAGCCUCCAGUUUAUCAGAGGACGCUAAGCCGGGAAUGAGGAAUAAUGAGGCUAAGCAGAACAAUAUUUCAAAGACUAACAGCAGUGUGUUGGCUAGUCUGAAGGUGUACCCUUUGUCUCCAGUAGCAGGAACUACUGUUGUGAAGUUAAAGAGAGCUGUUCCAAAAGAAGACUCUGAUUUGCCGAAUGACCUAAAGCCUACGGAAGCAAAGAAGAAAAUCCAGCAUGUUACAUGGCCAUGAAGUAGCUAACGGUGCUUGAAACAUAAAUGUUACUUCCAUAUUUUCAAACAGAUAAGUCAUAUUUAAACAGUUUAAGUACAAUUCUUUUUAAACCUUACAGGGAUUCAGAUUGCUGUGAAGUUUUAACAAAUUUAAUAGUUCCCUGUUGUAAAGCUGGAGUCAUUAUCACCAGUCACCUUAAGAGUGUCUACUCUUGUACACCAAGUAGUUCAUUAGUUCUUUAAAAGGUGGUAAUAUUAUAAUAUACUAAACCCCCCACUUUUAGUUUUCAAGAUUAUUAUAGUUCAUCUCCUGCAUGUCACUACGAUUCACACAUAUAAAUAAAUAUUUUUUUUGUUUCAGUCAGAUUCAGAUUUGUUCCACUUCUGGUUAAAUAGUUAAAAUAGCUAUUGAGAUUCAGAGUGAUCCCAAGAGCCUUCUUGGCUUCAAAAAGAUAAUUCAUUUAGAUGAGAAAACUGACCAUUCUGCUGAUAAGAUAGUCUGAAACAAUUUUUUUUUUCAUUUUUGUUGCACAGAACAGGAGUGUAGAAUUUACAGUGCAAGUUAGGUUGGUAAUAAGAGAUGAACUAUUUAACAGCUUUACUUCAAAUUGAAGUUUCUCUUAUUGACAUAUGAAAUAAGAAAUGCACAGCUAGAAGUAUGCUUAAUUAGACUGUUUGAUACGAAUCUUUGAGAGGAAGUAGUGAAUGGAUUAGUGCCAUGUUCUCUUAAAUACACAGGCAUAUUUUAUACAUGCUUAAGUGUAAAAAUGUGCUGAUGUAGCAAAUUUACUUGUUUUCCUGGUUACAAUCAUGCUUAUAAAAUACAGGGAAAACCUGUAGAAUGCAGGUCAGUGCUUUCUCAACUUACUAACAGUUGGAGAGGGACAGGGAUAGGAAGACAGAGAAGUACCUUGAGAGCAUUAGCGUAUGUAGUUGCACUCUUUCAAACAAACAAACAAGCUGUUUUCCCUUCCUUUGAUAAUUUCAGAUGGAUGUUAGUUUUCUCUGAAACUUGGUGUUUCUUCCUCUGGGUUGUUGGUGGUGCUUUAUAAGGCAGAAAUCCAGUUAAGUUGAUGAAAUUUUUAUUAAAUCUCAGUGACUCAGGGGGAAGCCAAUUUAGAUCCAUUUUUAGAUAUGGAUGAUAAAUAAUAAUAAUGCUCCCAGACUUAGUAAAACAGAAACAACAAAAAAAAAAUCAACUUCUGAAUCCACUUAGUUAACCCACUGAAAGAAGCUGUCAGUAGUGAUCUGAAAGCUAGUUUACAUUUUUAACAUUGGUUAAUAUUGAAACCAAAAACUGUAGCUUAAUUCAUUACUGACAGAAGUUCUCCAUUUGCUGUUAUGACAUAAAAGGCACUUCUCGAAUGCUGUAAAAUGGUAAGAAUGUGUGUGUUUUGAAAUAUUGUGUGCUGUUUCCCUUUUACUAAACACUUGUGCAGUUUUUGUACUUGAGUACAGCAAACUUUAACGUAAUGCACAUUUUGUAUGUACAAAGUUGUCUUUUAAGUAGCCUUAUCCUAUUUAAAUAAAUUCAAUUAAAAGCAAACAAAGUAGUGUUCGCUUGUUUUUGUGAUGUAAUUAAGGUUGUUCAUUUUAUAUGGUUAUAUUUUAGUGGACUUGAAGUGACUAGAACUUAAGGAAAAGCUUGCAGGGUAAAAGGCUCAGUAGCUACUCUGGAGUUCUAGCAGCAGUUAGUGUCAUGUGAAGUGCUGGUCCUUGCACUAGUAGAACAGUCUGGUAGGAGUCCUGUUUUGUGGGUGGCUUCUUGGCAGUGGUUUAGAGCCUAGGCUAUAUUCUAUAUUUUGUUGUAGUUCCAGUUGCUAGGAGCAUGUGCCUGUUGGUACGUGUUAAGGAGUGAUAUGCAGAACUGUACUGGAAUAAUACCAUGCUAUUGCAUGGUAACAGCCUUGUUUGUGGGGUGGUAUGCUUUCCAGCCUUGUCGUGUUUCACCUACCUUUCCCUGAAGUUGGGGCUAUUUUGCUGCCAGUUGUAAUGCUUGGAGGGGGGGGCAAGGUGCAAGCCAUGCUUGCACCUUGCUUCCUUCCCCCUUAGCUAAUAGUAAUCCUUCUUCUCUCAGCAAAGUAUUGGAUCAGGGCUGCAGUGUGCUGGGUGAUUGCCAAACCCCGGAGGAGAGGGUAAGUGACGUGCUCGCCCCCCUUUGGGAGGUGUUGGAUGUGAGAGGGAUUUUUAUGGCUAUUCUUUACCUAUAGCCUUCCUUGUAGUGUGAAGUCACCAAAGGAUAGAAUUUGGUCAUUCAGUGAGAUCAGGUUAGUGUGGUGUCCGCUUCAAAAAUGUCAGCCAGCCAAGUUCUUCAAAUGGUAUGCAGUAAACUAAAUCUGAUCUACAUGCAUCUAUUUAGCUUGUUGAAUUAAUGAGAAGAAUGACUUGUGAGAACUUUACACUUAGUACAAAAAGAGACAAAUUCAAGAGGGGUGGCAGGAACUAGGAGCAAACUUGCACUACACACUUACACACCGCGUAAGUAUAUUCCUAAUUCUUUCCACAUCUGAAGAUUGCUGUUGGAAGCGCGACAUACUACUUUCCUCCUUUUGCUGGAUACAAAUGAAUUCCAUCUGGAAGGUGUACCAGGAUCACACAUUGCAUAACAUGGCCGUAUUUCUUGAAGUUUGCUUUGGGAAGAGAGUUAUCUUUCUUUGGAUUGUUUCGUCUUGCUUUUAUUGUCCUGCCAGCAUGCUGUUGCUAACAGUUGCCUUUGCAGCAAACAUGUAGCAGAAAUGGUGCUAGAGCAAAGGGUAUUAUGUGUUGCAAUACAGAACAAAAUUAAAGCAUGCCCUCAUAGAGAAGUCAAACUUCUGACUUUCACAAGUAUUAAAUCUCUUUUGAGUUGUAUUGACUUCCUUGCUUGCUGAGAACAAUAAUAUUUUGGUUUUGAGUUUAGAGCCUAUGAACACAUUUUUAUCAGCUGCAGUCAAUUCAGUAUUUUCUUACAGUUGUUCAGUUUUGCUGAUAAUUUUCCCACUGAUUUCUGUUAAUAGAAGACUAUGCUGUAUCAGCAGGGCCUAUAUGAGCAUUGUCCGUAAACUCCACAGUUUCAUGGCUGGGUACAAAAAGGGUUGUGUUGUAUGGCUCUUACGUUGUGUUUUUCCAGACUGUGAAGGUGUUUUAUUUGU